ACUGGCACUUUUCAGAGGGAAUUGGCUGACAGGUCAGGUAUAUCUCAGCCAACCCUUAGCCUGGUAAUGCCAGACGUGUUAAAAGGCAUAAUAACUUUAUCCCAUGAUUGCAUAAAGUUUCCAUACACGGCGGGUGAACAGGCAAACAAGAAAGCUCAAUUUGCAGCUAUUUACGGUUUCCCAAAUGUAAUCGGUGCUAUUGACUGCACUCAUGUUGCCAUAAGGGCACCGAAUGUUAAUGAAAAUGCUUUCAUUAAUCGAAAGCAUUUCCAUUCAAUCAAUGUCCAAAUUAUUUCUGAUGCAGACAUGUUGCUCACUAAUGUAGUAGCUCGGUGGCCUGGGUCAACCCAUGACUCAUUCAUUUUAAGACACAGCAGUGUUGGGCGCAGACUCGAGGCUGGUGCUGUGCGUGAUGGCUGGCUUCUAGGGGACAGUGGAUAUCCCCUCAAGCAGUGGCUGCUUACUCAUUUCCUCAACCCACAUAGUGUAGAGGAAAGGCACUACAACAUGUGCCACAGCCGAGCUCGCGCUAUAGUGGAGCACACCAUCGGCCUGUUUAAGGGCAGAUGGCGCUGCCUCGACUGCACUGGAGGGAGGUUAUUGUACACUCCUGAAAAGGUGUGCCAAAUCGUGCUGGCAUGUGCUGUGCUACACAAUGUGGCACAGCUUCAAAACGUGCCUCUACCCCCUGACGCUGAUGGCUGUGUUGGCCCUGACCCUGACUCCCAUCCCCAGGCAUUUGAGCCAAAUGCUGCUGCUGUGCGCCAGCGUUUGGAAGUGAUGCGUCGCUUGUGAAGAACAACAAAAGGUGUUGAACCAUUAUAUUAUUUAUUCAAGAAUUCCCUCAUUGUGCAGUUUAUUUCAGUUAGGACAGUCUUAAUUUUGCCCAACUCCUUCACCACCUCUCUGAUUUAGUUAAUGACUUCCCUCUGCAUUUCGAGGACUGCAUCGCUGAGGACACGGACGCUGCUGGAGGGUUGAGAGCCACGUGCCGUGGAGACGCUGGGCCCAGACGGCUGCUCAGCUGCAGCAUCGGAACCACUGGUCCCGCUGGAACACCCAACGACUGAAAUAAAGAUUGUUCUAUAUGAAUGAACUGUAAUCGUGCAGCCUUCAUACAUGUGACUUGACUGCAUUAAUUUUACUUAUUUCACUUACCUGUG